AUGGAAACUUACACGCAUGACGGAGAGAAGGCCGAAGCGCACAUCGACGCCACAACACCAGGAGUUAGCACCGAGGCACCUAUCGAGUUGUCACUCACGAAAACGCAAUCAAGACCAGCGUAUGCUCUUGGAUGCAUACAUUCUCAAUUGACAACAUGUUCGCUUGCAGAACCCGGUCCACCGCCAGAUGGAGGCUUUCGCGCGUGGAGUCAGGUCUUCUGUGCAUGGCUGGCCAUCGUCAACUCGUGGGGAUUUGUCAACAGCUUUGGUGCCUUUCAGCCGUACUACGAAACGAUCCUCCCACAACCUGUCUCUACUAUCUCCUGGAUAGGCUCUGUACAAGCAUGUCUGGUGUUCGGACUAGGAAUCUUCAGCGGACGCGCACUAGACAGAGGGUGGUUUCGUCCUACGGUGGCGUUAGGCAUUGCGGUGCAGCUGGUUGGAAUCUUCACAAUGAGUGUGGCACACAACUACUGGGAACUUCUUCUCACGCAAGGUGUUUGCACUGGUGCAGGCAGUGGCAUCUUCUUCGUCCCUAUCAUGGGUGUGUGCUCUACGUAUUUCGUGAAGAAGAAGGCAAUGGCAUUGGGCAUGGUCACGAGUGGCACUGCAAUGGGUGGCGUGCUCUAUCCGUUGGUGGUACGCCAAUUGCUCGGGAAGGUAGGAUUUGGUUGGACAGUACGCGUUCUGGGCUUUAUGAAUGUCGUCAGUCUUACGUUCUGCAUUGCUUUCAUGCGGCCACGGUUGCCUCCAAGGAAAACCGGCCCUCUCGUUGACUGGGCUGCUUUCAAAGAUGCACCGUACUGCUUGCAAGUGCUAGGCACGUGCUUCAUGAUGCCACCAGUGUACUGCGUCUUCUACUACGUGGCGUCCUACGCCCGUGACGAGCUCGGUAUGUCCUACACCGAGUCCCUCAACCUAGUCAUUGUCGUCAAUGGCGUCGGUCUUCCAGCUCGCAUACUCCCCGGCUUCAUCGCAGAUCGCUUCAUCGGUGUCCUCAACGUGCAGGCCAUCGCUCUGGUUUUCAACGUCAUCAUGCUAUGGACUUGGCUCUCCGUCGACUCCAUCGCAGGCUACUACGUCUGGGUCGUAUUCUACGGUCUGAGCGCUGGCGCGUUCCAGUCACUUUUCCCUUCUGUCAUUGGCGCAUACAGUCCGGAUAUCAGAAAGACUGGCACGCGAAUGGGUAUGGCAUUUACAGUCAUCGGCCUCAGUGCUUUGAUUGGAGGACCGAUCUCGGGAGCGUUGCUGCAGGUCUCAGACGGAAAUUACACAGUGCCUAUUAGUUGGGCGGCCUCGAGUAUGAUGGUUGGUACAGCACUGUGCGUGAGCGCACGAUGCAUCAAGCAUGGAUGGAAGGUGCGAAUAAGAUGCUAG